AUGACUGGCUGAGAGUGGCUAGCUAUCUUUAGCACUUUCUUCCCAGAGGCAACUCGAGUUAAUACACAGGUUUUGUCGCAUUAAUGUAGAAACAACCAAAGCCGUCGUAACACGCCUUUUCUUGUCGACACGAUACACAGAGGCACCCCUAUAAACCUUUCCUCCCCCUUGGUUCUUGAGAUGGAGUACCAUUUUCACUGUUUGUCCUGUGUUAACCAGAGGUGCAUGGCCAAACCUGAACUAAGAGUUUCUUGUGAUCUUAUCAUAUGUCCAUUGGGAUGUGGAGCUGUAUUUCAUUCCUGCAAAGCUGAUGAGCACCAACUUCUGUGCCCAUUAAUGAGGGUUCCGUGCCUUAAUAGUGGCUAUGGCUGCCCGGCUAUGCUGAUCCGCAACCAGAUGUCAGCACACCUGGGUGUUUGUCCAGCUGGAGUUGUCUCCUGCACAAUGGAGUGGAACAGGUGGCCUGUUAGCUGCUUGAACUAUACCCCUUACGAGAGCCUAAUCUGUCUUUCGGAAGAGAUGGAGCAGCUGGAUAUGGCGCUCGCACUUCAGGACCAACAAACACUCCUUGAGUCUAUGAGGAUGAUUGCCAAGGCACCAUCUGCACAAGAAGAUCCAGUAAAUAAAAAGGAGUUUAAAGUGAAACAAUUAGCUUUACAGUCAUCUGCUCCUGAAGACUCAACCUCACAGUUGUCCUCCUCACAUCAAUCCCAGUCAGCCCCCCAAGGUUCAGCAAAGGAGAAAAUUCUCAGUGGGAUUAAUGGUUUGAAAGAGGAACACCUCAGUAAACUGUAUGAGGCCACAGUUGAGACCGCAAGAAGCUUAGCCGCUGCUUUAGACUUUGUUAGCAGCGCCAGCAGUGGUGAAAGUAGCUUAGUGGGAGAGAAUGUAAGAGAUACAUUGCUAAAAAGUAGUUCAAACAGCAAUGGAAGCAUUCAGAAUGGACUGCAAGACAUAACCCCCCAGGUUGCUGAUGGUUUGCACAAAAGUAACACAAAGGAAAACAGUUCUAGUCUGAGCUGUUUAGAUGAAAAUGGAGCUCAUGAAGGAGUCGAUGUACAGAACAAAAACACAGCCAAUGGACUAUUGAUUGGAGCAACAGAAGCCAAUGCUGAUGCUUCCCAAGAACCCAUGACCCCUCAAAUGAUAUCCUCAGUGCAUCUGAGCCAGGGUGUGGCACAGCGGGCUGAUCAUGUAGUUCUGGACGAUAAAGGGCAAUUUCUUCCAAGAAAUUCUGGGCCUGAGAGGUGGCUGCACAUCAACUACUUAUAUAAGGGCCAGGGACAAUAUCCUUUUUCCAAUGGACAAUUAGGUGUUAAACCAGACUGGUCACCAUAUAGACUGCGUGCAGAAAUGGAAGACAAAGCAGUAGAUACUUCAGACUUGGAGCAUAAUGAUGAUCCUAUGGGUCUUGGAGAGAUUGAUGCUAUCCCAGCGGCCCUACUCUUCUGUUUGGAAGAGUCCAGGGAGUGUAGAAGAAUCUCCGAUACAGUCUAUGUUGAUGGUUACCAUGUUGACCUUGGCACGCAGACUUUCACAUAUCCUGCAGCAAUCUUGGUGACCAAUACAAGAGUGGGUGACAUGGCCUCUGCUUCUGCCUGUGACCAUGCCGCAUCGCAGCUCACCUACCCCAGCCCUCUACGCACCCUCCGCCUUGGCCAAGUCCUCGAAGCUCUGGAGUCAGAGGCGGUCCCGUACAAUCGUUAUUUCCCACCUAACCCCCAACACCAGCAUACCUUUCCCUUCCUAUGUGGUCAGUCGUUCAGGCGGGACCAGUUUUCAUCACAUUUCAGAAACAUCCACGGGGAGAUUCAUGCUUGGCUUGGUGGCUGGAUAGAGCAACGAUGCCCCCUCGCGUAUUAUGGCUGUACAUUUUCCCAGCGGAGAUUUUACCCAUCCACCCGGGGAGCCAAGGUGGUUCACGAUAGGCACCUUAAGGCAUUUGGGGUUCAGCCCUGCACCAGACUGGAACCUCCAACGGACUGCCUGUCUGAUCGGUUUAGUGGGCUGCCUAUUGAGAUACUGUGGCACAUAGCUGGAUUCCUGGACAGUUUUAGCUUGUGCCAGCUGUCCCUGGUGUCAAGGACUAUGAGGGAAGUGUGUGCCAGUCUCCUACAGACCAGGGGCAUUGUAGAGCUGCAGUGGGAGCGAUCAGAUUGUCCUGGUGGCCCUCGCAAUGUGUCGUGGCAGGUCAAAAAUAAGGUUUGGAGAUUCAGUACUGCCUUCACUCCUGUGUCCUCAUGGGGUUUCACUGAGGUCCCCAGCAUGUCUGUUCACCUUAAGAAGUGCCCCUUCAACGUAGUAGAGCAGAAGACGGAGCCGAUACCCCUUCCUGCCAUGUGUACAGCACGAGAUGGACUGUCAUUCCGUCCCUUUCUACGUCACAUCAACACUUGACCAAACUCCAAAGGAUGAGCUGCAUGAGAUUUGCUGUAGCUCUAUGUGAACGUUGCUAAUAAAAUAAAACCGAUCCCGAAUACUUGUGAUUAUGAGAAACCUUAAUGGAAAAGAGAAUUCAGGUCUUUUGUAAAAGGUUUGUUUGUGUGAUGAGAAAGUGCUCACUUUUAGCUUUGCAUGGAUUUGAGCUGAAAGUGCACCUUCAUUCAGCAAAGAUAAAACAUGUUUUGACAAAGAAUUGUGAACAAUAGAUUUAUAUUCUCUAGUGUGCUAUUAUUCUGCCUAUUACUUAUAGCCAUGGAAAACAGCUAGUCAUGUUAAAACUCCGUUUUUUCUGUAUUUCAUAAACAAUGCCAGCACUUUAUAUAGAUUUUUAAUUCCUUCCAAAUUGAACAGUGAACCUGAUCUGAAGGGCUUCCGAUCACUACUGAGGGUCAAGCGCAGUGCACGUUAUGUUAAGAUUUCUCUCAUGUUAUAUCUCAAAUAUCAUAAAAUGACUAAUGUAUCUGAUUGCUGCAAUUUAAUAAAGUGUUUACUGACUUUU